AUUCCAGUACUCCGAGGUGUUUGAGUUUUCUCCUAAGAACAACGGAGGCCAAGCUUUGUGCAGACAAGGACACAGAGGAAUGCCAUGUGAUGACAGAGGCAGAGUUUGAAGUCCUGCAGCUCCCAGCCUGCUAACACCAAGGGCUGCCUGCGGCCACCAGAACCCAGGGAGAGGAAAGGAAGGACCCUCCCCCUCCCCCCCAGGUUUCAGGAGCAUGGCGCUGUCACACCUCAACUUCAGGCUCUGGUCUCCAGAACUGUGUGACGAUGUCUGUUGCUCUCGGCCACCCAGUUUGUGCCUUUGUCAAGGCGGCUCCGGGAGACCAGUACCCCCCGCGGAGGAGCAGGGCAUCCUGUUGGCAUCGAGGACCUGGGGCUAUGCAGGGGGGUAGAUGUGGGCCCUGGGUGUGUGUGUGGGGGGGGUGCUGCCUGGGGAGGAGGUCCAAGUUUUGCGCUUGUGUGGGGACAGUGCGGCCCAUUUAUUCCGAGAAGAAAUUUUAACUGGUUUCCAGAAAGGCGUCUUGGGAAGGGGAUGGGUGCUGGUGGGAACUCCCCCUGGCAUCCUCUCCUGGGCACUGAAAGAAAGCCCUAGCUGCUUGGGGGAGGGGGCAGGGACUUUCCUCUUUGCCUCCUGUCUCCAGGCACUGAGAUGACAGAUCACAGGAGAUAGCUCAACCUGACACUGGGGACAGGACAGGAAAUCCCAGACCUUCUUGUCUUGGGGGCCUAUGGAGGGCACCUGGACCCAGGGACAGUGAUGGGAGGGCACCUGGACCCAGGGACAGUGACGGGAAGGUGUGGCCUGGCGACUUCUCAGUGGUCCUCAGGUCCAGCCUCUUCCCCGAGCACCUGCAGAUGACAUCCACCCCUCCAGCAGGCUGGGACCAUCCUGUGCUGCUUCCUGCUGGGGGGCUACAACCCCCCCCUCAGCUACCGGGGCGGCCUGUUCUCUCCCGGUGGGGGCAGCCAGCCCUCGCUCCCCACCAUGGGGACGCUGCUCUGACUUGCUGCUGAGCCCCACCCACAAGUCCCCGAAGCCCAGAGAGUCCUGCUGGGCAAGGUCCAAAGCCAGGUCCCCCUGCCACCUCCCCCCCUCCCCCCGCCCGGCAGCACGGUCUUCCUCUUUCAAAAACAAUGAUCUGGAUCCUCUUUAUGGGGCUUAAGCUCAGGUGGGAGCAGAUGGGACAUGAGCUGGGGAUUUGGGGCUGGGUAUCCGCUCCCCCCAUGUCACAGUCUUUUAAAAAGCCUUCUCUGGCACAAGGCCGGGUUAGAGGCCAGCGGAGAGGUGGACCCGGGAGAGGGGAGCAGGGACCAUGAUGGACCAGGAAGAGAAGGUGGAUGGGAGCUCAGGCCCCGGCGUCAAGGCUGGCUCUCCAGACCAGGAGGGCUUCUUCAACCUGCUGACCCACGUGCAGGGCGACCGGAUGGAGGAGCAGCGGUGCUCCCUGCAGGCAGGGCCGGGGCCGACCUCCGAGAGCCAGAGUGGCCCUGCACCCGAGAUGGACAGUCUCAUGGACAUGCUGGCCAGUACCCAGGGCCGCCGUAUGGAUGACCAGCGGGUGACAAUCAGCGCCCUGCCUGGCUUCCAGCCCAUAGGCCCCAAGGACGGAGUGCAGAAACGAGCGGGGACGCUCAGCCCCCAACCCCUCCUCACCCCCCAAGAUCCGACUGCUCUCAGCUUCCGCCGGAACAGCAGCCCCCAGCCCCAGACCCAAGCCCCCUGAGGGCCUGAACCAUCCUCUGCGCUGCUUGGCCCCUGAAGGCAGACAAUAAAACACUUCCUCGAGAAACAA